AUGCAUGCUGGAAGAUUCCUGUACUCUGCGGUUCUGUUCUGCGUAACCUCUCUGGCUGUUUUUGCUGCCGGUAAUGUUAGAACGACUAAAGAAUGUACUAAAACAGACGGCAUGAAAGAUGCACAAAUAAUACCCGAUUCAAGUAUCACUUCACCUACAUCACCUAGUGUUGAUGUAACUCAAAUAAGAGAUGGUGGUGCAGUUUUCCCUACUGGACAGCACCCAGAAAUUGUAAUAAAUCUCAAACAACCAUGUAAAAUUGAAGUUGAAAUAGGAAGUGUAACUGUUCCUGUAUACAAUAUUGGUACAAUUACUGUUAUACCAAUUGAUUCUAAUGGUAAUGAAAAGUCUAGUGAUAUGGUAACUCAAUUUGUUCCUGAAAAUAUAGCUAGUGUUACUUUCCCUGAUGAUGUUCGAGGUGCUAAGAUUAAAAUAGUAUUAACUCCAUCAGAUUAUUCUUUACCAAUUACCACUAAUGGUGCAAUAGAAGUUAGAGGCUGUUUUGUAUGUCCUGUUUAA